UCGAGCUCGACUGUUACUCCCCCCCCCUAAUUACUUGUAAUUGUGGGCCCUCUUGACGCGGGUGUUUUGUAUGGUAGAAUGUCUGUGCUCUCUGGACCCACGGUUACAAGUAAUUAGAGGGGGGGAGAGUACGCGAUGUCUGUUGACUAUCUUUGCAUCUCUACUCCACCUUACCUUAUUCCCAAUUUCUUCACUUCAGCUUCAUAUUUCACAACCUUGAUUCGAACUGAGAGUUCCGAGUGACAUCACAACACCCCUCUACCUCCCCCCCUCAACCCUCAAACCUCACUUCCCACUCCCAUCGUCACAAAAAAUCAAACCCACAACACCCCCAAUGCCACCCCAUUCCCUCCUCACCGGCCUCACCGCCGCCAUAACCGGCGGCACCACAGGAAUCGGCCGCGCAAUCGCCCUCGAGUUCCUGCGGCAGGGCUGCAACGUCGCCAUCAACCACCUCAACCUGCCCUCUGACGCGCACCACGUCGCCUCCCUUAUAUCUCUCGCUGCCGAGAUAAAACGGGAUGAACCAGAGGCAGGCAGGUUGAUUGAGGUAGCAGGCGAUGUGAGUAAGCCGGAGACGGGGAAGGAGCUGGUGGAGCGCGCGGUGAGGGAGUUUGGCGGAUUGGACGUUUUCGUUAGCAAUGCGGGGGUUUGCCAGUUUGCUGAGUUUCUGGAGGCGAGAAUAGGAAGAGAGAGAGAGAUGAAGAAACGCAAAUUUGGGAAUGGUGUAAACGAACUGAGUGCUGAUGGAAGGUGUAUUUACAGUCUCGACCACGACCUCUUCGCCUCAACCGUGCGCAUAAACCUCGACGGCGCCUUCUACAGCUGCCAAGCUGCCGCGCGCCAAAUGGCCCUACAGGGCCGCGGGGGCAGCAUAAUCGCCAUCUCCAGCAUCAGCGCGCUCGUCGGCGGCGGGCAGCAAACGCACUACACGCCCACCAAAGCCGGUGUCCUCUCCCUAAUGCAGUCGAUGGCGGUAGCGCUGGGGAAGUACAAGAUCAGGUGUAAUGCGUUGUUGCCGGGGACGAUAAGGACGCAGCUCAAUGAAGAGGAUCUGGCGGAUGAGGAGAAGAAGAGGUAUAUGGAGGGACGCAUACCGCUAGGGAGAACCGGGGAGCCGAGCGACAUGGCGGGGCCGGCGGUUUUCCUGGCGUGUAGGGACUUGAGUGGGUAUGUUAAUGGAGCGCAACUGUUGGUCGAUGGGGGGUUGUUUGUUAAUCUGCAAUGA